ACCAUUGGUCUCUCCGAUUCCAUCGGAUCUACGUGUGCGAGCGAGCGAGCGAGCGAACAUGAUCAUAGUUUUUUCCGCCCGCUCCCUCGAAUAAUUUUUCCGGUGUCCAUUUAAGCGACUUCUCUCUCGUUUGCAAACCCUAAUGACUAGGAUUUAGAUUUACCAGCUCCUUCAAUCUGACCCUCAGUCUUUGAAUUUCCGGGGGAAAGUUGGUGUGUUUAUUCGAAGCAGGAAAGAGCAAUCUGGGCUGCAGUAUAACAAAAGUCUAUUGAAAAGUUGCCGUUAACUGUUGAUAUCAGGGUUUUUGAGAUGAGCUUGUUAUCCUUGUCAACAUCAUUUACUGGAGGAGAAGGUAUCAGUUUCGUGUCUGGUUCGCACAUUCAUGUCAGAAAGGAUUUUUUUGGCGCUGAACUGUGCCGAAAUCCAUCGAACGGAGUUUAUGGAGCUUGGUUGAGGAACCUCCCACAAUCACGCUAUAAAAGUAGGUGCAAGUUCAGCAUUUCUGCUAAGGUUAAAAAGGGACAGAAGCACGACUAUCCAUGGCCAGAUGAUAUUGAUCCAAAUCUACAAAGUGGACACUUGAGAUUUUUGUCUCAUUUUAAACCUUUAUCCGAUAAGCCUAAGCCGGUCACACUUGAUUUUGAGAAGCCAUUGGUUGAGCUUGAAAAGAAAAUAACUGAUGUACGCAAAAUGGCGGAUGAUAGAGGUCUGGAUUUUAGCGAUGAAAUUAAUUUACUGGAAAUGAAAUAUCAAGAGGCUCUAAAAGAUCUAUACACUCAUUUGACUCCAAUUCAACGUCUUAAUAUAGCUCGCCAUCCAAAUAGGCCAACAUUUCUGGACCAUGUUUUGAAUAUAACUGACAAAUGGGUGGAGCUUCAUGGUGAUCGUGCAGGGUACGACGAUCCAGCUAUUGUUACUGGUCUUGGAAGUAUAGAUGGAAAAACUUACAUGUUUAUUGGCCACCAGAAGGGAAGGAAUACAAAAGAAAACAUUCAUCGGAAUUUUGGAAUGCCGACUCCACAUGGAUACCGGAAGGCCUUGCGCUUGAUGAGAUAUGCUGAUCACCAUGGAUUUCCCAUUAUCUCAUUUAUAGAUACACCUGGUGCAUAUGCUGAUCUCAAGUCUGAAGAAAUUGGUCAAGGUGAAGCUAUAGCCUACAACCUGAGGGCUAUGUUUGGCUUCAAGGUCCCAAUAGUGACGGUUGUUAUUGGUGAAGGUGGAUCAGGUGGAGCUCUUGCGAUAGGUUGUGCAAACAAACUGUUUAUGUUAGAAAAUGCAGUCUUUUAUGUGGCAAGCCCUGAAGCAUGUGCAGCGAUUUUGUGGAAAUCUUCCAAGGCAGCCGCAAAGGCAGCUCAGAGACUAAAGAUCACAGCUGUAGAACUUUGUAAGCUCAAAAUUGCCGAUGGGAUUAUUCCGGAGCCGCUUGGUGGUGCGCACACUGAUCCGACAUGGACCUCACAACAAAUUAAGCUUGCAGUUACAAAAGCCAUGAAGGAACUUACUGAAAUGGAUACUGAGACUCUACUUAGCCAUCGCCAUUUGAAAUUCCGUCAGAUCGGUGGAUUCCAAGAAGGUUCCUAUGUCGAACCAGAGAUGAAACGUAACAUGAAGAAGAAGGAUGUUAAUGUAACCGAAAUAACAGCCAACCUCGAAGCGGAACUCGAGAAGCUAAAGGUAGGAUUAGAGGCCAAGGAAAAGUCUCCUAAACCUGUUUUCUCCAACGAGGAUUUACAGUUUCUGAAGCAAGAAGUGGACAAGGAGACAACCAAUGCCUUCAUCACCAUGGGACUACGGGAGAAACUCGAAUCCCUCAAAAUAGAUUUAUCCAAAACACCCUCAAAUCAAAGCCUCAGCCCAACCCUAAAAGACAGAGUAAACAGACUUGUGCAAGAAUUUAAGAACAACUUAUCUACACCUGGAUCAUUUGAUGGGCUGAAACACAAGCUUAAAAUGUUAUCAGAGAUUAGCACCCUACAGGAACAUAAGACCAAGGGGGAGAUGCUCAAGAAGGAGAUUAAUGAAAAGCUCAAAAAUCAGGCAAAAGAGAAGAUGGAGUUACUGAGAAAGACACGUGAUUUGGUGGGGAAGGGAGAAGAGGUGGACGAAGAGAUGCUUAGAGAGGCAAAUAAGGCGAAGGACGAUCUACUCGAAAUGUUUAAAUCUGCAAACUUUGAGGUCGUGGGAGUGAGCACGAAGAUCUCUCCCUCGGCUCCACCGUUUUUAGUAGAGAAGGUGACGAAAGCGAAUGAGGUGAUCUUUGAGGAGAUAGAGAAGGCUGUCGACUCGGCGGGUUUGAGGGGCAAGUUGGCUGAGUUGAGAGCGGAGAUUGAUAAAGGUCCGAGCAAAGAUAUAAAUAAAAUGUUGAGUUUGAUAAAAGAAAUAAAGGAAGGUGUUUUUGCAUGGUUAGAUGGAGAUGAAUUGGAGAAGAAAGUUAAAAACAGUAUUGGUUUGAAAGCAGCUCCUGAAGCAGUUGGUGCUGGUGCUGACAAAAAAUAGUUUUUUUAAAUAAUAUGUUUUUAUUUUUCAUGAAUAUUAUUUGAUUAGAUUUUAGCUUUUAUUCGCCCACAACCUUCCUUUUACCGUAAUUAUUCUGAGGCUUGCUGUGCAAAGCUUGUUCUUCAUCGAGGAAUUUUCUGAUAUGUUCUUGUUGGAAUAUGUUGUUGAAUUUGCAUGAAAGAAGAAACAAUAAGCUGAUAAA